ACAAAGCACGAAGGAAAAGGAAAGUUUUGUUGAAUGUAAAAGGAUGGUAACCUUGCCCCGCACAAAGGUUUGUGGCAGAAAAACACUACUAAGUGAAAGAGAUUUGACAUUGAGGCAGAAAGAGAAAUCCAAAGCAUUUGGACUUUUCUUUCACCGCCCACCACCACAAGAGAAAGAAAGAAACAACCAAAGUAACUCAUUCAUCCCAGCAUCAUAUACAAUUAUAAACCACAAUUGUAUAAUCAGAAAUCACACUGCACAGCACAGGGUAUUAAGCUCUCUUUUUCUCUCUCUUUUAUUUUUCCUUCUACCAAUAAUUUUUAUAAUAUUAUUGGUUUUUAUAUUUAUUUUAUUUGUACACAUCAUUCACCAUGCUUACUAUUCUCUUUCCUUUUUCCACAUUUCUGUCUUUUAUCUCAAAGUAUAUACUCAUGAUGGUAACGGGUGUGAAAAAAGGCCCCCCGUUUUUUUCAACCCACGUUGUCCCUUGAAAUACCCUUUUCAUUUUUAUUCCUUGUGCAAGUGUAAAGCAAACUUCUCCCAACUCUUUAUUCUUCCAAAUCAAACCUCCUUUUUCUUACUCACAUCAGACAAAACAAAACAAAAAUCAGUAGAGCAUACAAAUACAAAACCAAAACAAACCCACCUCAGCUUCUGACAUUUGAAUCUCCAUUUUUUUUUCUUUCUUUCUUUUAAUUUUUAAUUCUCCUCUCCAGCAAAAUAUUGUUAUAUAUAAAGCCUUGGAGUUUGUAUUAUCCUUCAAUAGAGUUCCAUAUAAAACAGGAGGCAACAGCGGCUGUAGAGUAGCUAGGGAAAUGAUACAGGAAGAUCAAGGGCAGUGUUCUUCUCAAGCGAUCAAUAACUACCACCAGGCUUAUCAAGACCAGCUUCUCCUUCAGCAACAGAUGCAGCAACAAAACAAUGAUAUCUUUGGUGGAGGAGGAAGAGGAGGGCUCAACAUGUACCCUGGUGAAGUCUCUCAAAUCAUGCAUCAGCCUUGGUCUAUUCCUCAUAAUCAGGUUCAUCACCCCUUCAACACGGUGAGAGAGCACGACCCUUUUCUUGUCCCUCCCCAACCUUCACCCUAUGCAACUUUGUUCAACCGAAGGGGUCAUUCUCUUCAGUUUGCAUAUGAUGGUUCAUCUUCUGACCAUCUUAGGAUCAUAUCAGACACCCUUGGACCGGUGGUUCAACCCGGUUCGGCACCCUUUGGCCUCCAAACCGAGUUGGCUAAGAUGACUGCUCAGGAAAUCAUGGAGGCCAAGGCCCUUGCAGCAUCCAAGAGUCACAGUGAAGCCGAAAGGAGGCGCAGAGAGAGAAUCAACAACCAUCUUGCCAAGCUUCGCAGCUUGUUGCCUAGCACAACCAAAACAGAUAAAGCAUCAUUGCUGGCAGAAGUGAUUCAGCAUGUGAAGGAGCUGAAGCGUCAAACCUCAUUGAUAGCAGAAUCGAGUCCGGUUCCUACGGAGGCUGAUGAGUUAACUGUGGUGGACGAAGCUGAUGAAGAUGGGAGGUCUGUGAUCAAAGCCUCUUUGUGCUGUGAAGAUAGGUCAGAUCUGUUUCCUGAACUCAUCAGGACCUUGAAAGCAUUGAGGCUAAGAACCCUUAAAGCUGAGAUCACAACGCUGGGAGGACGUGUAAAGAACGUGUUGUUCAUCACUGGGGAAGAAGAAGACUCAAGCAGCGGCAGCGAGGACCACAACCACCAACAGCAGUACUGCAUUAGCUCAAUACAAGAAGCACUUAAGGCGGUGAUGGAGAAGAGCGUGGGGGAAGAGUCUGCUUCAGCAAAUAUUAAGAGACAAAGGACCAAUAUAAUAUCAAUGUCCUAGAAAGGAUCGAGGUCUUUAUAAAUUUUAUUUAAUUAAAGGCCUAUAUGAUUACCAUUAUUAUCUACUUAGUUGUUAUAUAUAUUUACAUAUUUUGAUCUGCAUAUUUUUUGGGGGUGUGGUUUGCUUUUCCUUUUCUUUCUUUUCAACAGUGUGUGCCGGAAAAUGUUAUUACUAUAUGUAUCUUCUCCAUCAACAUCAUCAUCGUUAAAAAAUGAGGUAAUGAUAUUGAAUGGUUUUUUCUUUAAA